AUGCAUAUUGGUAAUUUAACAAAUAAAACUAUAUCGUAUAGUUUUCCAUCUACAAACAAACUUAUCAGUAGUGAGAUCGCCUUAUAUUAUCGUCAUGCAACUUCAGUUCGAAAUUCUUCAUAUCCAUAUAUCAGUGGUGAUACAUUUCGUGCAUUUGCUGAUUAUAUUUAUGAUGAAACAAGGCAAGAUAAAUUGGAUUUAGUUAAAUAUGGAGAGAUUGUUUUUGUAAAAGCUGAUAUGUUUUCAAGUUUUUUUGGUUCACCAUUCAAUUCUAUACAAAACCCAUUUGUACUUGUUACACAUAAUAGUGAUUUCUCUGCGCCAAGUAACUAUGAAACAUAUUUAUCAAAUCCAAAAAUACUUAUUUGGUAUGCAUCUAAUCCUAGUGUAGAAAAUCAUGAAAAAUUAUAUCCUAUUCCUAUCGGAUUGCCCAAUACUCGUUGGACACACGGAAAUUUAAAUAAAUUAACAUUUGCAGCGGAAAACUAUCGUAAACCUUGGUCUCAACGAACAAGUUUACUUUAUAUGAAUUUUGCUCUCGAAACAAAUAGAGUUGAACGAGAAAAAGCUCUUUUACAAGCAUCAAAAAUAGAAAAUGCACAAAUAAUAAAAAAUCGGAUUACAUUCGAUACUUACCUACAACAAAUAGGAAAUGCAAAAUUCGUUUUAUCACCACCGGGUAAUGGACUUGAUUGUCAUCGAACAUGGGAAGCUUUAUUAAUGGGUGCUGUACCUAUUGUUCGUCAAUCGGGGCUUGAUCCAUUAUUUGUAAAAACAAGAUCAGUUGUUGUUGAUGAUUGGUCAAAAGUGACACAAAACUUUUUAUUAUCAUUGAAUUUUUCGUUAAAUGAUCAUAUCAUACCUGAUGUUUUGUAUGCUCGUUAUUGGUAUGAAAGGUUUUUCAAACAUCGACUUCAUUAG